GAUUUAGUCGAUCACGUUCACGAGGUGCACUUCUGAAAGUAGAAUUUCUGUAAUUUUCCGGAUCAGAAAUUCUGUCAUAGGUACCUAAUUUCAUCCUUUUGUCGGUACAAUCUGCUAACUCCUGUCCAAAAUGGUGCAACCGCAAAUCAUUCUGCUGAAGGAAGGUACGGACACUUCCCAGGGUAAGCCGCAGCUCGUCUCGAACAUCAAUGCCUGCCAAACGAUCGUCGAUGCUGUCCGUACGACGCUGGGCCCCCGCGGCAUGGAUAAACUGAUUGUGGAUAGUAAAGGAAAGGCCACCAUCUCCAACGAUGGUGCCACGAUCAUGAAGCUGCUCGACAUUGUGCACCCGGCAGCGAAGACGCUGGUCGAUAUUGCUAAAUCGCAGGAUGCCGAGGUGGGUGAUGGAACCACUAGCGUUGUGCUGCUGGCCGGCGAGUUCCUCAAACAGCUAAAGCCGUUCGUCGAGGAGGGUGUGCAUCCGCGCAUCAUCAUCAAGGCGGUUCGCAAGGCACUGAACCUCUGCGUCGCUCAGAUCAACGAGCUGGCCUUCAAGAUCGAAAAGCACGACAGUGAGAAACACCGUGCGCUGCUGGAGAAAUGUGCGGCAACGGCAUUAAAUUCGAAGCUUAUCCAUCAGCAGAAGGAGUUCUUCUCCAAGAUGGUCGUCGACACGGUCACAACGCUGGACGUGCUGCUUCCGUUGAACAUGAUCGGUAUCAAAAAAGUGACCGGUGGAGCGCUGGAGGAAUCUCUGCUGAUCGAAGGCGUUGCCUUCAAGAAAACGUUCGCCUACGCCGGAUUCGAGAUGCAGCCAAAGAGCUACGACAACGUAAAGAUUGCGCUGCUGAACAUCGAGCUGGAGCUGAAGGCCGAACGCGAUAACGCCGAAGUGCGCGUGGACAAUGUGGCCGAGUACCAAAAGGUGGUGGAUGCUGAGUGGCAAAUUCUGUACGACAAGCUGGCCAAAAUCCAUCAGUCCGGUGCGCAGGUGGUUCUGUCCAAGCUGCCCAUCGGCGACGUGGCUACACAGUACUUUGCCGAUCGGGAUAUGUUCUGCGCUGGCCGUGUUCCCGAUGAGGAUCUUAAGCGGACCCAAAAGGCGUGCGGUGGUGCCGUGAUGACGACAGUGCAGGAUAUCAGCGAAAAGGUGCUUGGUAACUGCGCCCACUUCGAGGAGCGACAGAUUGGAAGCGAACGUUUCAACCUGUUCCAAGGCUGCCCGAACGCUAAGACGUGCACGAUUAUCCUGCGUGGCGGUGCCGAACAGUUCCUGGAGGAAACGGAGCGUUCGCUACAUGACGCGAUCAUGAUCGUGCGCCGUACGAUCCGCAAUGAUUCCGUUGUUGCAGGUGGUGGUGCAAUUGAAAUGGAGUUGUCCAAAAUGUUGCGCAACUACUCACGUACCAUUGCCGGAAAGGAGCAGUUGCUGAUUGGCGCAAUGGCCAAAGCGCUGGAAGUUAUUCCACGUCAGCUGUGCGAUAAUGCUGGCUUCGAUGCAACAAACAUCCUCAACAAACUUCGCCAGAAGCAUGCCCAGGGUUGUCAAUGGUACGGAGUGGAUAUUAUGAAAGAACACAUUGCCGAUAACUUUGAAGCAUUUGUCUGGGAACCGUCCGUCAUCAAAAUCAACGCGCUGACGGCCGCUUGCGAGGCUACGUGCAUGAUUCUGUCGGUGGACGAAACGAUCAAAAGUCCCCAGUCCGGUGGCGGCGAGGCACCGCAGCCCCCAAUGGGCCGUGGAAUGGGUCGUCCAUUCUAAGGCUGUUCCUCGUACACUAAGACACACAUACACACAUACUCUCGUUUGUUCACGCUUCCCACGUGUCUGUCAUGUUCAUUUUUCACACGUAUUACCCCUUACUAACGGGCACCCAACAUUCGUCUCAGAGAAGAAAGCACGCAGUUUGCGUAUUCCUAAGUUCACCUUUCACUAACAGCGCAAAUCGAAACCGUAUGCCUUUUCUUAAGCUAACGCUCUCAUUAAGUGAAUAAAAAAAAACGAGCGCAAAUACUUAC